CAGGCGGGACAAAGCACUUGUUCAGAGGAGCGUUGGGUGAGAGUCUCCUCCGGGACCGCUGCUGGAAACCCAGAAAACACUGUUAAAGUUGGCCUCAAGCAAAGAAGUUCACUUUAACACCGACUCAGAAACACGGUAAUAUUCUGACGGACACGUUUUAUCCCUAAACUGCCUCCAGCUUUGAGAGGAAGGAGAGUUUUGACAGGAAACACGGACGGACAUUGGUCAAGUGUUUAUUCCCCCUCUGCGAUCCUCAGUUCCGAAUAUCCUUGAAUGAUGUUUGACAGACAGCAUUACGACAGUCCACCGGUCUACUCUCCUCCAUCCAACAAUGGCUUUGGCCCUCCAGGCAGCUUCCAUGGUCCUCAAAGUGAUUACAACGCAUACCCGCCUCCACCAGGAUCCUACUAUGUUGAGGACAAACCGCAGCACUUCUACAAAUGGCUGUCACCUCCUGGAAUCAUCAAGGCCAUGAUGGCGACAGUGAUAGUGCUGUGUGUGGCCAUAUUUGCCUGUGUGGCUUCCACUCUCAUGUGGGAUAUGCAGUAUGGAUAUGGUAUGGGAAUGGGUUACUAUGGCUCUGGUAUGGGCUACGGCAGUGGAUACGGCGGAGGCAGCUAUGGCUCAGGGUAUGGUGGAUAUGGAUAUGGAGGAUAUGGAAACUACGGCUCCUACAUUUCUCCUUACUCGGCCAAAACUGCUAUGAUUUCCAUGGCAGCCAUUAGCUUUGUAGGAGCACUGGGCUUCUUCAUUGCCAGUUUCUCGAAAACCAACAUAGUUCGCAGCAGGAAGUUCUUUCUGGCCCUCAUGAUAACCAGUAUCUUCUUGGCUGUCCUGCAGGGCAUCCUAAACAUUGUCUACAUUGUUGGGGUGAACCCCAUGGCCCAGAGCUCUUCCAAUAUUAUGUACAAUCCAAUGCUCAUGAUGUGCCAGAACCUCUACCAGACACAGUACUCCCAGAUGGGAGGAGUGGGAGGCUUCCCCAUGUACAACCAGUACCUGUAUCAUUACUGCUUUGUGGACCCACAGGAGGCAAUUGCCAUGGUGUGUGGAUUCCUGGUUGUCAUCGCCUUUUGUGUCGCUGCUUUCUUUGCACACAAAACAAGAGGGAAGAUCUGGCGGCACGGAAAACCAAAUAUCUACUGGGAAGAGCCUCUCGUUGGCGGAAAGGCCUCAGAGGGCAGAGAUGUUGAGGAAUGGGUGAACAAUGUGGAGGAAAGCCGCAGUGUUCAGGAUGCCCCUACCCUGCUGGUGUCAGAGAAGGGAGGCGGGCUGCUCAACGCCUCAGCUAACAGUGUCAUCUCCUACCCCCCAGCCAAGGUGGACAGCAGCUCCUAUAAUGAGGACAUCUACGACCACAACGAGUACUCACAGAGAACAACCAGCCGACCGUCAGAAAUGUUUUCCCACAGUGGGGGCACCAGCUCCAGCCCUUCAGAGGAGACAGGUGGAGGUCGCAAACCCUCUGCCAACAGGGGCAAGAGACGCAGAAGAAACCCAGAGCUGGACGAGUCCCAGUAUGAAACAGAGUACACCACAGGAGGAGAGACAGGCAAUGAACUUGAUGAUGAAGAAUGGGAGAGUAUGUACCCGGAGAUAACAUCAGAUGCUCAGCGACAUGGCUAUAAGAGAGAGUUUGAUACUGAUCUUCGGGAGUACAAGCGCCUCUGUGCCGAGAUGGACGACAUAAAUGAUCAAUUGAACAAACUGAGCCGGCAGCUGGACACACUGGAUGACACCUCUGCCAAAUACCAGGCUGUAGCAGAGGAAUAUAAUCAGUUGAAGGAUCUGAAGCAGACACCAAACUACCAGUCUAAGAAGAAAGAGUGUCGCAGACUGAGACACAAACUGUUCCACAUCAAACGCAUGGUGAAGGACUAUGACAAGAACCACUGAAGAAUCCACCCAGUCCUGACUCUCUGCUCUGUGGCUGACACAGCAAAUGCUCACAGACAUGGGCCAAAAUACACUCCAAAAUGCUACAGAGACCAUGUGACAUGCUGAGACCAAAGUUGUGGGAAACACAUACAUACUGCUGACACACACGCAGGGAACAUACUGUAAAUUACUAAUAAUUUAGAGUCACUUUCAUUCUCUGAUCACUUACAUUUAAUCACCACAUUUAAAUUUUUUGUUUUUUUUUAAAAAGGACCCCCAGUUGUAGUUUUUUCAGAGGAACACUGCCAUUUCUCUAAAGGUCCGGCCCAGUGUUUGCAGUGUGCAGCCACAUGUGAAGAUCAGAGGGUGCGGCAGGAGAAAGGUGGUUUGAAAGUCACUCGAUCUUCAGCCACCUGUGAUAACACUGUACUCAGUUUCUACGGUUCUAUUUGUUCUGCAGAUUGGCAACUUUUCUUUGUUUCUUCUCCGCAGAUAAAAGCAGUACUGUAGACAGUGUAGUAAUGCGUGAGACAGGUUGCUGGGAUAGUUUUUGAGCAAAUAUGCAGUUUCUUUAACCCUUGACAUGGUGUUAUCUUUGUCACAAAUGAACUUUAGCUGAGCUUUUCUUUCUUGUGUAUCAGUGUUUGUAACUACCUUAAGUGUCAAUGAAGUUAACUGCUUUCUGGUGGGAUUGUGUAUUUUAUUAUUGUACUGGUUUUUGGUGACACUAAGCUUUUUAUACUGAUUUGGUGAGACCAAAAAGGGGACAAACUGGCCAAUGAGAUAUGUGUGACAUUGUUUUUAUUGUACAUGUAUUUUUUUAAUGAAUUCUGUUGAUACUAUUUGCCAAGAACAAAUUCACAGUAUGACUGUUAGAGCAGCCCUUUAGAUCGCCUAGUAUUUGUACACACUAAAGAUCCAUAGUGACUUGUUUUUUUAGGCAGCGGUCAGUUAAAAUGUUCUUACGCAAAGCAAAUCGGUAAAAUUAGCCAAACAAUUUUAAUGUUUUUUUUAUCAUGCACACUCCUCAAUAUAAUGUAAAACAUGCCUGUCUCACUGUCUAUAAGCUAAACUCUUUUUUUUGAUCUGUUGCCAAUGAAAUCUGCUGUGAUUUUGUAUUAAUCCAUUACAUGUAUAAAGAGCUACGAUCUUCUGUACAUUUUAAAACUGUUUAGACACAAUUUUGAUUUGUCAUGCGUUUGUAUUUUUAUGAAGAACAUUAUCAUUUUACAAACCAUUUGCGAGCCAUUUAUUUUUGUAAGAAUUUAUUUUCUUUGAUGCUAUUAUAAAAGACCAUUUUUGUAACUGUAUACUUCCAUAAAUUAUGUUGUCUAAAAGGUAUUGAAUUCAGUAAGUAAUAAACAUUUCUAAUUCUCUGAAAGUA